AUGUUGGUUCCCAAUAUCUUUGCUGCUACAGCAGUUCUCUGCACUUUCGUCUCUGGAAUUCCUCUUGAAGAAUACAACAAGGCCACUGUUCCACCGCUAGGAACAGCAACGGGGGCUGAUGGAGUGUCAACAGAAGUCGUUCCAGAGCCUGUUUAUCUCCGAACAUACAACACAGCCACAAAUCCACCGCUGAGAACAGCAAUGGAGCCUGAUCAAGUGGCUGUCGUUCCUCUUUCGCAGAAGAAACAUAAUGAGCCCAUAAUCCAAGAAUCGAAAAUCAGAUGGGAACCCGAUGAUGAAGUUAUUCAAAAGAGAGGACCGGGAUUUGGCAAACCAUCAUCACCUGUUCCUGGGAAGCCAGCUACAAAAAAACCUAAAACUAAGUUCAGAUUCCCCUGGAGCAGAAAGCCUGUUCACAACCCACGAACGCCACCUAAGCCAAGGAAUUGGGAGAACCCUAAGCACGAGUUUUGA